UGCUGUUGCUGUGGAUUUGAUUGACGGGAAACAUGUCGGUGUGGUGGUGGGAGCGAACCGGGAUGCAGCUGCUGACAUGUGAGACGGGAAGAACCUGUAUCCAAUCCACACAGCAUCACCUUUAAAAUGAUUAUACGAAGCUGCUUUAGUAUUAUUGAUUCGUUAUGUUUUUUUAUUUGAAAUGAACAAACAGAACGCUGACUGGAUUUAUUAGAUAAGGCUUGAUCGGUUGUGUUCUGAUUUUUAUUUCUGUUGAGGAGGUAUAGCCUAGGCUAUCUGCAUAUUGUGUUUGAUGAUAUAGCCCUCAGCAUCAGUACCAGUCUCAAUCAGAAACACCUUGAUGAACCACCACCUGGAAUACAAGAAGGACUAUUGCAAUGAAGUCGCCUUUCACAUAGAUCACAUCUCAUUUCUUAACCAGUGUAUAUAAUAGAUUAUACCACCACGUUGGCUGGCGUUUUGCAGGGUACUUUAUUACAUGGAACUAUUUCCACGUUUAUUUUCCGAGUAGAAUAUUUUUGUUGAAGUACACAUAAAAACGACCACUGCUCGCAAACUAUGGACGUGGAGAAUAUGACAAAAAGCGACGAGCAGCAUCUGAGUUUGCAAAAAGCCUUGCAGCAGUGCGAGUUGGUGCAAAAUAUGAUAGACAUAAGCAUUUCUAGCUUGGAGGGAUUGAGGACCAAAUGUGCCACAUCCAACGACUUGACACAAAAAGAAAUACGAACGCUGGAGGGAAAGCUGGUGAAGUACUUCAGUCGCCAGCUGUCCUGUAAGGUGAGAGUGGCCUCACAGGAGAACAGUACUGAGCUACAGGACUUCCCCAGACUGGGACACUGGUUCCGCAUUGUCAACCUGAGGAAGGAGGUCACUGAGGAGAUGGGUCCGGGCGAUGUGACUCUGGAGGGGCUGCUGGAGAUGAGUGAUGAGCAGGUGUGUGAGGCCAUGGAGAAGUUUGGAGCCAACGACGAGGAGUGUGCCCGGCUCAACGCCUCUCUGUCCUGCCUCAGGAAGGCCCACAAGUCAGAACAACUCGAGGAUGACUCAUUGCCCAAUAAUGGAGCAGGCAGCCAUGCCAAGCAGGACUGGUCCAUCCAGUGGCCCACCUCCGAGUCUGGCAAGGAGAACACUCCCUUCCCCUCUCCAGAACCCAGCCAGUGGGUCCGCUUCCAGCUCUCCCAAAGCCCCAUGGUCCAGGCCAAGUACAACCAGCAGCACCACAGCCAGUGCCACAGCCCCCAGGCAUUGCUACCCUAUGCGUACGGCCCCUACGUCCAGCCAGACCGCCUCACCGUGGACAGCCACCUGGGUCUGGGGGCCUUCCCCCCCAUGGACACGGGUCACCGAUCCCUGCCCCCCUCGCCCCGCCAGAGGCACUUUGCCCACACCCCUCCCCGGACUCCCCUGGUGGUCAACACCAUGACCCCCCCGGGCACGCCCCCCAUGAGGCGCAGAAACAAGGUGAAGGCCCCUGGGACGCCCCCGCCGCCCAGCCGAAAGCUCAUCCAUCUGCUGCCGGGCUUCACGGCGCUGCACCGCUCCAAGUCACACGAGUUCCAGGUGGGAAACCGCGUAGGUCUGGAGGCAGCUGACACGCAGACACCCAAAGUGAAGCAGAGGAAGUCCAAGCCUCAGCACCUGAAGAUCAACAGCAGUGUGGGGAGCUGUGAGAACCUCCCUACCCAACGCUCACCCCUCCACUCCUCCGACCAUCGCUCACUCCGUUCCUUCUUCUUCCCCACCUUCAUCCCCUCCACUCCCCCCGUCCACUCCGACGCAAACACUCUGUCAGUGCCUCGCUGGUCCCCACAGAUCCCUCGGAGAGACCUGGGAAACUCCAUAAAACACAGGUUUUCCACCAAGUAUUGGAUGUCUCAGACAUGCAUAGUGUGUGGAAAAGGAAUGUUGUUUGGACUUAAAUGUAAAAACUGCAAGCUGAAGUGCCACAACAAAUGCACCAAAGAAGCCCCGCCUUGCCAUUUACUGAUCAUCCAAAGAGGAGGAGGAAGUAACCCCCUUAAAGAUCACCAAGGAAAUCAAGCUCGUUUGGUGCGGACUGAAUCGGUACCAUGUGACAUCAACAACCCCCUCAGGUACACAGACCUGCACAUCAGUCAGACGCUGCCCAAAACCAGCAAAAUCAACAAGGAUCACAUCCCUGUCCCGUACCAACCAGACUCAAGCAGUAACCCCUCCUCCACCACCUCCUCCACCCCUUCCUCCCCUGCUCCACCCCUCCCUUCCAGUGCCACCCCUCCCUCCCCCCUACACCCCUCCCCACAGUCAGCACGGCAACAGAAACAGUUCAACUUCACAGCCUCUUCUUAUUUCAAAUACAAGCAGCAGUUCAUCUUCCCAGACGUGGCCCCGGCACCAGAGGCCCCCAACAGAGCACCCCAGGUCAUCCUUCAUCCUGUCCUGUCUGAGCCUGGAAUCGAGGUGAACCCUUUAAACCCUUUACUACAGAUUGAAGUUGAACCGACAUCAGACAACGAGGAGGGCAAUGAUGAGGCGGAGUACUCGGAGGAUGAGUUUGAGGAGAUGAACCUGUCUCUGUUGUCAGCCCGUAACUUCCCCCGUAAGGCCAGCCAGACCUCCAUCUUUCUCCAGGAGUGGGACAUCCCCUUCGAACAGCUAGAGAUAGGGGAGCUCAUCGGGAAAGGUCGCUUCGGCCAAGUGUUCCACGGGCGCUGGCACGGCGAGGUGGCCAUCCGCCUCAUCGACAUCGAGCGUGACAAUGAGGACCAGCUCAAGGCCUUCAAGAGGGAGGUGAUGGCCUACCGAAACACUCGGCACGAGAAUGUGGUCCUCUUCAUGGGCGCCUGCAUGAGCCCCCCACACCUAGCCAUCAUCACCAGCUUGUGUAAGGGAAGGACUCUAUAUUCGGUGGUGAGGGAUGCCAAAGUCAUCCUGGAUGUCAACAAGACCAGACAGAUCGCCCAGGAGAUGGUUAAGGGGAUGGGCUAUCUCCACGCCAAGGGGAUCCUACACAAGGAUAUGAAGUCCAAGAAUGUCUUCUACGACAACGGCAAAGUGGUCAUCACCGACUUUGGACUUUUCACCAUAUCUGGGGUUCUGCAAGCCGGCAGCCGUAGAGAGGACAAACUGAGAAUCCCCAGUGGAUGGCUGUGUCACCUGGCCCCUGAAAUAGUCUCUCAGCUCUCCCCUGAAACAGAGGAGGACAAGCUGCCUUUCUCCAAACAGUCAGAUGUCUUUGCUUUCGGCACUAUCUGGUAUGAGUUGCAUGCACGUGAGUGGCCUUACAAGAACCAGCCAGCAGAGGUUAUCAUCUGGCAGGUGGGCAGUGGGAUGAAGCCCAACCUCACACAGAUCGGCAUGGGCAAAGAGAUAUCGGACAUCCUGCUCUUUUGCUGGGCGUUCGAGCAGGAUGAAAGGCCCAGCUUCUCCAAGCUGGUGGAUCUGCUGGAAAAGUUGCCAAAACGGAACCGUCGCCUUUCCCACCCAGGGCACUUCUGGAAGUCAGCUGAGUGCAGUUGACCAAGACCCCCUGAACCUAGACUUCUCAACAUCCUCUGAACUCAUAUUUUUGGGUUAUUGUUUAAUCAAAUGGAAUAUAUGUUUUAUUUGAUUACUCAAAUGACCUGUUCAGUUUGUUUGUUGGCUUAUUUAUUUUGGAAUGUCUUUUUCUCAAUGUCACAUGUUUUAAUGAGAGUUCUUUUUGUCAUGAAUCACUUCAUUCUCUACGGAAAAUGCAUUUUCUUGAACAAAUGCAGGACUUUUUUUGAGUAUUUUCUUUUCGGAAUGAAAUUGUUUUUAGAAUGAAAGUAAUUAUUUUACGAAUUGUAAAAUUUACAAGUCAUUGUCUUGCCAUUUCCCUUGUAUGUCAACUGUCGCUGUCAUGUGUUAUUUCUGGUUACCUCAUGGUCUCUCAUGUGUGAAUGUCUACAUGUUUGUGUUUUCUACGUUUGUCUCAAAGCUUUAUCUUAUAGUCCAUUAUUUACUAUUGAAUGUGAUGACUCCAUUCCUGCCAAUUGUAGGGCUGGAUGAUGGUACAGGACCUUGGUACGAAACUGUUCUCCAAUUGGCCUGUGCUUUGAUUAUUGCCUGUGAACGCUGUUGAGCAUGCAUCAAAAAUGGCAUCCUGUUCCAUACAUGGUGCACUACUAAGGUCAAAAGUAGUGCACUAGAUAGGGAAUAGAAUGUGAGAUGUUUGAACAACAGCCUUUUUUUCAAACUGUGCCCUUUGGCUGUUGGUUCAUUCAGUAGGCCUACACUGACUGACUGGAAGUCUCUCACUCUAAUGUGAAAACGCUGACACUUUAAAUAUAUCUCAUUACAGUACCUACUAUGAACUCGCUUAAACACCUUGGAGAAUUGCUGUUACUGAGCCCAUGGAGAAAUAGGUGUAUACUUUAGUGUUUUAAAGUGGGCGAGGGUAAUCACAGAUGAAUAGCUAGCUAAGCUCACCAUUUACCUCCAUUAAUUAUGACACAAUAGAUUCACUUCAGGAAUUCUUCAGCCCUAUAAUUGACAAAGCACUUUCUGAACAGACACCAUGAUACAGUAUAUUCUAGUAACAUGACUGUGUCCAUGACCUGGCCAUUUGUAUAAUAUAUUUCACAGCGAUAUUUUAAAUAUAGCUAGCUAGAGCCCAGUCAGACUGAAUGAAAUCGUUAUGGAUGGAAAGCGGUGUCUCAGUAAGAACAGCCAUGUCCUAUAUAGAUGCAGACAAUCCAGUCCUGUAUAAAGCCAUUUCUACUACACUAUAUUAUACAGUACAUGUAUACAUCCGCCAGUGUUGGAAAUGCAUACAAACAAUUUGCUGCUGUUUUUUUUUGGAGUACAUCUGUCUAUUUUGGAAUUGCUGGGAUUCCGAUAUUGUACGUGGGUCAUUUAUAUUUGUACUGUUUGUAACUUCUAAGUGCAUGAAAUGGACUAUAAAGGAUCUAUUCUUGUUAUUACGAUAAAAAGUUGACUCCUUCAGCUUUAUAUUAAGUAUGUUAUCACUGCGGUAUUUUCUGAUGUAUCUUUUGUCAGCAUAGGGCCGUCAAAUGAUACGGAUACAACAGUUCAUAAUGUUAUACUGCCGGCUUUGUAAAAAAGGAAAUGUUCAAAAAUGAUGUUUAAGAGAAUGAUUGUAAUAUUAUAUUUAUACAUUAUAAUAGCCUAUCGUGAAGAGGAAUAACCAAUUGUGCUGAAUUCGACAAGAAUCUGACUAGAAAACGAUUCAACAUUUAGUGCCAAGUGUACAUAACAGAUUGUAGACCUUGUUUUAUCAUCAGUUGCUGUAAAUCAAUAUUCCGGCAGCACUUUAUAUAAACUCCACGUAAUAAAGCAUUUAUAAUGAAUUAGUACAUUGUUUAUUAUUCAUUUAUUAAUAAUUACUGCCACAUUUGUAAAUGGUAUUAACCUAGUUAUUCACACAUUUAUAAACAACUUUUAAAGUAUUUAAUAAUGAGUCAUAAGAUCAUUUCUAUCAAAAAGAUGGACAUGCCAUUGCUAGACAUUCCAGCAGUACCUGAUGCUCCUUAAGGUCUCAAAAUGGCCCCUAGAACAUAUCAAUGGUUAAACAAUAAUCACACAAUACAGAGGAUGUUUAAGAAAAUAUAUUGGACAUUCCAAAACAGUCACACUGUUGUAAUAGUGUGAUGUGAAUCUUCAGACACCCUCUAUGCUGAGUAAAAUAAUGUUUUUAGUCCGAAAGUGCUAACAUAAGCGUUUCUUGGCCGUGACUUUUCUACCAAAACCAAAGUGUGGAUUUCGUUCACUCCUUAGAGAAGUCUAAUCUCGGUUAACCCAGAACUAAAAUCGCACGUAAUUCAGUCCGAAAUUGCUGCUCGCUAUCCCGUUGUCACAGACUCUUCGGUUUACACUCAGAAUCUGUCCACGAGAGAUUAAGAUCAGUCCAUGGACUGUUUGCAAAUAUCUGAAUACAUCCCAUUACCUUACUACCUUUAAAGGCCCAGUAAAGGUGGCGCCAAACAAAGCCAUGUGUGAAAAUAGUGCGGUUAAAUGACUAAAGCACUGGAAGCAUUUUAAGGUUAUUCAUGUGUCAUUUCUACUUACAAUUCAUACAUGUAACAUUUCUACCGCAAUCACAUAUCAGUAGUAUUGGAGGAAUACAAAUCCACUAGAGAAAAACUGUCCGGUCCGUCCAGCUGUUGUUUGUAGGCUACAUCUCCCUGUUUUAGUUUGCGUUCGCAAGGUUGACAACAUUAGCUCAUUAACUCUUCGUUAAGUCCUUGCAACAGUUGUUUUUGUGAAUAAAAUGUUUGAUAUAUUUCAUUUAACAUCCUGUGUUGUGUGCGUGUUCUUUUACCAUUAAUAUGUUCUAGGCUAUUUUGAGACCUUAAGGAGCAUCAAGUACUGCUGGAAUGUCUACCGCUGGAAUGUCUACCAAUGGCAUGUCCAUCUUUUUGUGAGAAAUUACACAAAGUAUUUAUAAAGUAUAUAUAGCCCACACUUUAGACGAGGUCACACAAAAGACUAAUGAUUAGUAAAAUGUUUAUAAGGACCUAUAUUAAACAUCUUAUUAAUGGAGUAAUGAUUAAUAAAUUAUGAAUAAACUAUUUACCAAUCCAGUAUAAGUGGUUUAUUAUGUGGUUAUUAUAAAGUGGUACCAAUAAUCCAUGUGAACUCACUAAAGCAGUUUUGGUGUACAGGAUUUUUGGCUUACUUUAUGAAUUGUGUUGUGAUUUUGUCGUAUUUUUGUGUUCAUUCAGAUUUAUUUUUAUCCAUAUACCUUACUAUAUUACGUAAGCAUUUAUGCUGUGUUUCUUUUUCUGAUUCAGUCCUUGUAUUGUAGAGUAUAGCUCCAAAAGCUUGUAUUUAUCGAUGCCUUAUGGUCCAUGGCUUAGUGACGGGUAGAUUCAUCAGAAGCUUUUUGUUUGCACUCAUCCUCUCAAUGAAAAGUGUAUGACAAUAAAAAUGUGUUUUCAUUUUGGA